AUCGUAGUUUACCCAUAUUGAGUAGUUGCUUACCUAAUUAUUGCACCCCAAUUAAUAAUCGACAAAAUUGAUUCUUCGAUUUGGACAAAACCUCGCUCCGGUCACGGGCGAAGGAUGGGUGACAGAUUAUUAGAUAUACCUUGUAAGGUAUGUGGCGACAGAAGUUCGGGAAAACAUUACGGGAUCUAUAGCUGCGAUGGUUGUUCGGGUUUCUUUAAACGCAGCAUUCAUCGAAACCGUGUUUACACUUGCAAAGCUACAGGUGAAAUGAAGGGAAGGUGCCCGGUCGAUAAAACGCAUCGAAACCAAUGCAGAGCUUGCAGAUUGCACAAAUGCUUUCAGGCCAGCAUGAACAAAGACGCUGUUCAACACGAACGCGGCCCUCGCAAACCGAAAUUACAACAAAACUCCCAUUCGCAAAUUACAUCGUCAACCGGACUUCCGCAUUUGUCUUCUGUAAAGCUCAACCCGACGUCGGCGUCUCUCAACUUUCCAGGAAUGUUUGGACCACCGCAACCACCUAAAACUCUGUCGCUUGCGAGCCCGUCGGUAACAAGUUCGGGAUCGCAUGUCGAUUCACUACCACCGCCAAUGUUUCAUCCGCCACCCUUACCGCCGCCACCUGGCUUACUUCAAAUUCUAAUGUCGGCCGAAAAAUGUCAGGUAAAAUUCAGUGAAAUUGUCUGGAACACUAAACUACAGUUUGAUCUUUCGAAUGGAUCGGCUUCUAAUUUGGGAAUAUCCGCCGCCGGAUUUCCAAUACCGCCACCUAGUUCACCGUUACCACUACCGUUAACUCCCACUUGGGAAAUAUUACAGGAAACUGCGGCCAGACUUUUAUUUAUGGCCGUCCGAUGGGUUCGAUGUUUGGCACCAUUCCAGACUCUCAGUAAACACGAUCAGCUUCUUUUGUUACAAGAGUCUUGGAAAGAUUUAUUCUUGUUGCAUCUAGCUCAAUGGUCAGUUCCGUGGGAUUUAUCGACGUUGUUAAGUUGUCCUCAAGCGCGAGAACGUCUCCCUUCUGAUCUUCAUACGGCGAUAGAAAUUAAAACAAUCCAGGAAAUAAUGUGUCGAUUUAGACAAAUAUCACCAGACGGCAGUGAAUGCGGUUGCAUGAAAGCUGUCGUACUGUUUACACCAGAAACUGGCGGAUUAUGCGACGUACAGCCCGUGGAAAUGUUACAAGAUCAAGCCCAGUGUAUACUUGGAGACUACGUGCGAACUCGCUAUCCACGCCAACCAACACGUUUUGGUCGACUCUUACUUUUGGUGCCAAGUUUGAGAGCUAUUAGAGCGCUAACAGUAGAGCUAUUGUUUUUCAAAGAUACAAUAGGCGAAAUACCAAUAACACAAUUAUUGGGGGAUAUGUACCAAAUGGAAAAGUGUGCAUCGCCGUUAUAAAUUUAUAAGUACACCACCUUACAUGCAAAUA